AUGCACGAGACCAUGGUGGACGAAUGCAAGCCGAUCGUGCUGGAGGGCGGCGUGCGGGUCGACUUUCCCCCGCCCACGAAGACUGUGCAGCGUCUCCGCCGCCUCCGCACCCGCUGCGGGUCGCGGGGGCGCGGCGUGUCCGCGUCCAGUCUCGGUGGCAUUCCGGGAAUGCAGGCGCACCAAGCCGAGGACGCGCCUGGCACGCCCGCGGGCUCCUGCGUGCUGCUCCCUGGGCUCUCCUGCGCGCCAGACGUCACGGGCCAGGAGACGUACGCCAUUCUCGCCAGCCCCCUCCUCGCUGGCCUGAGGCGCGCGGAGGCGGCGGAGGCGCCGGCGGAGACCCCCAGCCAGCAGCAGGUGCUCGAGGCGCUCCGCGAGAUCUCCGCCACUGCCGUGGCGUCGCCCAGCAAGAAGACCGCCUGGGCGGACCUGGAGGACGACGAGUGCAGCGAAUGCUCCACGCACGCUCCAGGCUACUGCAGCAGCGCCCUCUCGUCGGAUGGGUCGGACGGCCGGGUCGCCAAGCCGCGCAGCUCCGUCGGCUCGGCCCAGUCGUGGCCUGUCUCGAUGCUCGCGGGCGGACUGAUGCCAGCGUUGCCGGAGGACAAGGGCGCGCGGCCUGGUUCACUCAUCGAGGUGGUCGGUACUUACCCGUCAGGCACCCACGCCGUCGUCACCGCCGUCGAUCGCGAGGAGGGUACCUAUCAGAUCCAGCUGAUGCACAGCGGCUGCCGUACGGGCCGCUCGAGGACGAUCAAGUGCAAGCACGCCCGCCUUCUGCGCCACGCAGAGUGA